AUGAGCAGUAACCGUCCCUUCUUCUCCAACUUCUGGGCCGCUUUCCGUGCCCACUCUGCCGCCUUGCCAAAAUCGAAUCCGCCCAUCUCCACCACUUCUUCAGCCGCAGCAGCGGUCGGUACUUCACAUUCCCAGACUGUCUGGUCGUCAACUUCUACAACAAAUCCUUCUCAAUCUUCUUCCAAUGCUGCUUCGGCCCCUCGUGCUAUCAAUCACAAGUCGGCCUCUUCCAACCAAACCACCGCUGCACCUGUGCAACCUACACCGCUGCACCCGGCCUUGUCUCCUCUACAGCACAAUGUUUCGCCGCUCACCCAUGGCCCAAGGUCUCCCCCUUCGCCUGGUUUGGGUGUAAACUCGGCCGGCAUGCCUGUGUAUGGCCCUCCAAAUCGCCCACCACCCAGCUAUCCCACAGCAUCAGAAGCCCGACGCAAUCGCAGNGGGUCUGAUAGCAGCUCUGAAGGCGGUAUGGGGUAUAGAGAUGUCCUCGGAGCUGAAAAGUGGUACAUUGGCGGCAGGACCGCUGCGGGUGAAGAAAGAUUCUACAAGCUCAGCAUGGUGCGCCGUGACACGAGCGCUGAUCGCCUCAGUGCUGACAGGCUGAGCCUCUGA